UGCGCAGACCCGCAAAAACUACAUUGACCGGCAUGCCCCGGGAGAGGGCGGCAGCCGCAAGCCAAUCACAGCGCAGAACAAGACCUCCUUCCGGUGGCGGGGUGGGGGCCGGGCGGGACUUCCUGGUUUGCCACUGGCAGGUCAUCCCACCGCGCCCUUGGCAGUCGGGACCCGGGCCGGGGUGUCGCGCUCGGGCGGCCCCGGGUCCGAGCCUGAUGGCCUGGGGGACCUUGGAGGACGUGGCCGUGUUCUUCUCCCAGGAGGAGUGGGAGCUCCUGGAUGAGGCCCAGAGGCGCCUGUACCUGGAGGUGAUGCUGGAGACCGUGGCGCUGGUGGCCGCCGUGGGUUGUCGUUGCGGUAUGGAGGGAGCCGCCCCUGGACCGGGGUUUUCUGUGGAGGAGCCGCUGCAUUUCAGGGCCCUGAGCUCUGGUCCUUUGCCGUGGGAGUCCCUGUCCUGUGCCCUGAGAGACACCCUGGUGCUGGCUGGGCCCCAGGCAGUCCACCCUGGCCGGCCGCCGUCUGAGGCACGCGCUAGAGGCCAGUGUCCUGUGCACCUGGGUGAGGCGGGCAGAGGGUGCGGUCGGGACAGCCUCGACCUUUUCCAGCGCCAGGGCAUCCACGGCGAGGGAAAGCCACGGCAGACUGCUGAGCCCAAGGAGGCCGUCCCACCUGGCUGCCGUCAAGGGCAGCAACAGGAAUCCCGCCUCUCACAGACACCCUUCAUGUGCAGCGCCUGCAGGAAAGCUUUCCUCAGAGCUUUUGCACUACUUGACCUCCGCCUGACAACUCACUGCGGAGGAGGGUCCUGCAAAUGCCCGCCAGGUGGAGCUGCUUCCAAGAGGAAAGCAGCCCUCGCUAGUCACCAGAGACUUGGUGCUGGAGAGAUUGCCCACGUGUGUCAGGAGUGCGGCGUGGCGUUCAGCCACCUGUUUAAACUGAGGACACAUCAGAAAGUUCACACUGGGAAGGCCCGUCACAGGUGCUGUGAGUGUGGGAAAGUGUUCACCCGCAAACACUCGCUCACCCAGCACCAGAGGGUCCACACGGGAGAGAGGCCUUACGAGUGUGGCCAGUGUGGGAAGGCCUUCACCCGCAGUUCCCAUGUGGUCCGGCAUCAGAAAGUUCACAGUGUGGAAAGGCCGUAUGAGUGUGGACAGUGUCGACGUGUCUUCAACUAUGUCUCCAACUUCGUGGAACACCAAAAAGUCCACACUGCAGAAAGGCAUUAUGAGUGCAGUGUGUGUGGGAAAUCCUUCAUCAACAGCUCCCAUCUGGUUCGGCACCAGAAACUUCACAACACGGAGAGGCCCUUUGAGUGCAGUGAGUGUGGGAAAGCUUUUCAGCAAAUGUCCAAACUCAUUCUGCACAAAAGGAGCCACACAGGAGAGAGACCUUACAAGUGCAACCAGUGUGGAAAAGCCUUCAGUUGCCCCUCCAACCUCAUCCCCCAUCAGCGAAUCCACACGGGAGAAAAGCCUUUCGGGUGCUCUGAAUGUGGGAAGGCCUUCAGUCAGAGCUCGGCUCUCACUGAGCACCAGAAGGUCCACACCAGAGAAAGGCCUUUUGAGUGUCGUGAAUGUGGCAAAGCUUUCAGUUACAGCUCCAACCUAGUUAAGCACAGGACAGUUCACACCAGGAAAAGACCCUAUGGGUGCAUUGAGUGCGGGAAAGCCUUUAGUGAAAGCUCAGUGCUCAGUCAGCACCAGAGAGCUCACACUGGAGAGAAGCCUUACAAGUGUAACAGAUGCAGAAGGGCUUUUCGUUACAGCUCAAAUCUCUCUAAGCACCAGAAGGGUCACACUGGGAAAGAGUCUGCCGAGUCCAGUAGAUAUGGAAAUGCCUCCCGCCACAACCACAGCCCUGCUUAGCCCCAGAAAGACCACACCAAAGUGUCAGAUGUGGGGAAAUGCUAGCUGGGGCCUUACCCCUGUUGUUCUCCUCCUCCUCCUCCCUAAUUAUCAUCAUCAUUAUUUCACUAUCAUUAUUUUACCAGAGCCCUAUUCAGUUCUGGCUGAUGGGGGUACAGGGGGGUUGAGCCUGGGACUUUGGAGCCUUAAGCAUGAGUCUCUUUGCAUAACCAUUAUGCUCUCUAGCUCCAUCAUACCCUGUUCAUUAUUUAAAGACUUUCCUGGGAAGACAUCUGUGAAAGGAAUCUCUUUGAGGAAGCCACCAGCCAAAACCUGAAACUGAAACGCAUACACAGACAUGUGCCCCCAAGGAGGAACUUGUCUGUCAAUGCCAAAUAUGUGGGGAUCUUUCAGGAGCUAAACUGCUCACUUUCUUUUUAAAAUAUUUUAUUUAUUUAUUAAUGGGAAACACAGGAGGAGAGAGAGAGCCAGAUACCACUCUGGUACAUGUGCUGCCAGGGAUUGAACUCAGGACCUCAUGCUUGAGAGUCUGAUGCUUUAUCCACUGUGCCACCUCCCGGACCACAACUGCUCACUUUCUUUCCCUUCUUCUCCUCCUUCUCCUUCUCCUUCUUUUUAUCAGAGUCCUACUCAGUUCUGGCUUGUGGUGGUUUUGUGUGUGUGUGUGUGUGUGUGUGUGUGUGUGUGUGUGUGUGUGUGUGUGUGUGUGGCGGGGUUUGAACCUGGGACUCUGGAGCCUCAGGCAUAAGAAUCCCUUUGCAGGACAACUAUGCUGUCUCUCCCACCCUCCCUAUACUGUGGUCUCUAGCUUGUUGAGGUCACUACCAGAUGCCUGGUCCCCACAGCAUGACAUGUCAUCACCACACACUCAGGGAAGGUGGGCUCUCUCCUCCCUCUUUCCCCCGAGGGAGCCCCAGGUGCUGGGAGUCUUUGGAGGUGGGCUCAUCAUGUUCCACCUCUCUGCUAACCCCUUCUGUUGAAGUGUUCACCUGAGUUCUGCACAGGAGGUUAUGAACUGGAGCCCUGGGACCUCCAGAAAUAUUCCUUCUUCACAGGUGCUGCUGAGUCUCCAGAUGACGCAUCAUCUCUGCCCAGCCUCCAAAUCACCCACCCUUGGAACUGCUUGACUCUAGAGUGUGUGAUAAUAAAAGCCUUGAUGUGAAAGCCCUC